AUGCGCUCCUCACUCACCCUCCUAGCUACGGCCCUCGCGGGCCUCGCAACCGCGACGCCGUACCAAUGCCCGCCCUUUGGCCCCGUCCUUCCGCAAGCCAAGUCCCCGAGCACCCACCCGGCCGUCCGCGCUGCCAUCUCCACCUUCAUCGCGGCCCUCGAGGCCGAAACGGCAGCCUAUAACGGCUCCGCCGUCUCCAUCGGCGUCAAAUAUGCCGCCGAACCGGCCGAUGCCCCGCCGCUUGUGGACUUCCACUUCACGCCGCGGGACCGCGACCCGCAGGGCGCGCAGAUCGUGGACGGGAACACCGUGUACCGGCUCGCGAGCGUGAGUAAAGUUUUUGCGGUGCUCGCGGCGCUGCAGCGGGAUGAUGUGAUUCGGUGGGAGGACUCUGUUGCAAAGUAUAUCCCCGAGUUGAGGGAUGUGCCGGAGGGGCGGAGCGCGUUGGAUUAUGUUGAUUGGGAGGAUGUCACUGUUGAGGCGGCUGCUGUGCAUAUUGCUGGGGUCGGUGCUGAUGUCAUGACGGACGGCGCGGCGUAUCCUGGCGAUUGGGAGUCCCUUGGGCUGCCUCCUGUCUCUGAGGAGGAGAAGCCGAAGUGCGGAGGCUUUCUGGGUCUCCCGGGCUGUUCGAGAGAGGACGCCAUGAAGAACCGCCGACCGCCCGUGUACCCCGCUUACCAGACGCCCGUCUACUCGAACUUGGGCACGACUCUCGUAGGCCUGGUUGUCGAGGGAGCGACGGGCAAGUCCUUUGAGGAAGUGUUGUUCGAGUCCAUACUAAAACCUGCGGGUAUGGUCAACACCACGUACGGCAAGCUGCCCGAGAAUCUGGAGACGCUGUUCAUCCCCAGCAACGACACGUACUUUAACUUCACUCUCGGAGCUCUGGACCCGGCCGGCGGGAUCUACUCGAGCACGGCCGACAUGCUCAGAUUCGGCGACGCGGUCCUCCAGAACCGCCUUCUCAACCCGGCCAAGACGCGCAGGUGGCUCAAGCCCUCCGUCUUCACCUCAGCACCGGGCAGCUUCGUCGGCAAGCCGUGGGAGGGCAUCCUCUCAGACAACAUCACGGCAGACGGCCGGCUCGUCGAGCUCUACACAAAGGGCGGCGACCUCAUCAGCUACCACGCGGGGCUGGCCCUGGUCCCGGAGCACGGCAUAACAAUGUCGAUCCUCGUCGCGGGGCCCGAGGUCAGCGCGGCCGCCUUCUCGUACUACACGCUCAAGAUGAACGAGCUCCUCCCGCCCCUCCUCCGCGCCCUCGACGAAGCGGCGCGGGACGAGGCGCGGGCCACGAUCGCGGGGACGUACGCGGACGCGGUGAGCAACUCGAGCCUGACGGUGUCGUUGGACGACGGGUGGGGCCUCCUGCUGGAGGACUGGUACAUGAAGGGGUUCGAGGUGGUGCCGAACCUGAGCCGGUACGUGUUUCUCGGCGUCAACCUGACGGAUCUCCCGCCCGCCACGGGCCGGACGGCGAGGCUGUACCCCACGGGCUUGGCCGAGGGCAACACGACGGCGUGGAGGGCGCUGUUUGACACGUUUACGGCGGAGCAGCGGGACGCGAUUGAUGAUUUGUUCUUCUUCCCCAACGCGUCGUGCGUGUCCUGGCUGUCGAUGGACCGGACGACGUAUGACUACAAGGGGCUUGAUCACUUUGAGUUCACGUACGGCGAGGACGGUAGGGUCGAGAGUGUGCUGCCCAAGCCGUUUAAGCUCAGCUUGAAGAGGGUUGACUAG